AUGUCGCUAGCAAAUGUAGUGAGAGCCUCGAUAUUACCGCCAGGUCAAUGGUUAACACAUAUAGUGAAAACGAACAUGAUUGAAGGUGAUAAAAUAUACAAAACUAUCCGCAACCUAACACCGCCACAUGACCUUGAUUUAAGUGGUUUCUUGAAUGUUAGUAAUUUCAACGUUAUAGGGCAUGAUCUCCGAAUGUUCAAUAGGACGUUUUCAAUCGACUAUGAUAUCGACACUCUUCUAUUUGGAAAUCUCCAAGAUAACAUGAAUAGAGACAAUAUUGGUUUGACACUUCACGCAGCUCUGACUGAUCUUUUCGUGGAUCAUGGCGCAGGAAUAUUGAUAGCCGAUUCAAAAGCUUUUGCCGUUAUGCAUUAUGAUGAUAAGUUCUAUUUUAGCGAUUUGCACUUAUGUGGACCCAAGGGAUCUAAAGCAGUUCGUGAUGGAAAAGCCUGCGUCAUCGAAUGUGAUUCAAUCGGAGAACUAUGUCGGAUAUGCAAGCGAACAACUGGAUCGGGAAAUCGGCAGUACACUUUAAACUAUGUUGAUGUAACUGUCAUCAACAAUAUUAAUUCUGAUGGCCCCCAAAACGAGAUAACCUGA